GUGGUAGCUUCAUUCAAUAUGGCCGCGCGCAUGGGACGUUUCUCAACUAAGUUGUGAUCUUGAUUCAGUUGUUUAUGUUUUGUCAUGUUUGUAAGGCAACGUUUCAUCGGCAACUAGCAACCUUAGGUUUUCGCUCAAUGCAAUAUGGGUAGAAGCAAAGCAGAGAAGCUGUUUGACUACAUCAGCCAGAGGGACGUACUCAAGGUGAAAUCCUUCCUGAAGAAACAUCACCAUGACUACCGACUGGAUGUGAAUGCCACGCUGCCAGGCAGAGUUCAUCGACAGAGAACCCCGCUGCAUGUGGCCUGCGCCUGUGGGGAUGACGCCAUGUUACGGGUGCUAAUGAAGUACGGAGCCAGGGCGGAUGUACCGGACAGUCAUGGUGACACACCACUACACCUAGCUCUGCAGAGAGCACUGCAUGGACACAAACAUGCUUUCAAGGACCUUGUUCUGCCCAUCCUAGAAAAGAGCUGUCCGUCAAUCAUCCUGGACAUUGCCAACAAGCGAGGGCGCACUCCAAGACAGCUGUUGAAGGAGUUCGAGCAGGUGGAGCAGGAGAGAGUUCAGCGAUUGAGGAGAGAAUAUGAGGAGAAAGCAGCUGACGAGGCGAGACAGAGGGAGGAGGCAGAAUGGCAGUCCAGAUUGCAGGAUGAAUGGGCAGCAGACAUGGCUGGGAUGUCUGACCACGCCCUGUGGCAUGACACAGGUUACACUGGGUUAAAUCAGGAGUCAUUCGAUGACUGGGCGACCAGAAUAGCAGCGGAGCAGAGACAGAAACAGCAGCAGCGAUACCAGGGGCAUCAGCCAUCACGUAGCAGUCACAGCAGAGAGGAUGCCCAAGACAGAGAACGGAGGCAAGAGGAGAAACGCAACUUCCAAAGGAAACUGGAAGAAGAGCACGCGAGGUAUCAGAGGAGACACUCAGAACGACUCCGGCAGAAACUCCUGAGGCAGAAGGCUGAGCAUCUACAGCGAUGUGCCGAGGUGUUCAGUGCAGAGAGUCAGGAGUUGAGUCCGCUGGGAUUGGAGGAUGUGCCCUGGCCGGGUCACCAUGGCAACCCGGACAAGAUGAUCCAGGUGCUGACAUGUGACAUUAACCGUGAGGAUGCUGCAGAGCUGAGGAGGUUUGUACGCUCCCAGCAGCUGCUGUGGCAUCCGGACAAAUUCCUGCAGAAAUUUGGCAGCAGGCUGGUGGAGAGAGACAGGGAUAAGAUCAUGGAGAGGGUCACCAAGCUGUCACAGGCACUCAACCAGUUAGGAGAGGAGGAGAAAACAGAUUGAUCCCGCCUUGAAUCAAACCGUGUGCAAUUCAGACUGUAGUAUCUCUCUACCAGUGCAAUUUAUAUGGUUUGGGCCAUGGACUGAGACCUUGUCUUGAUCCCAAGCUUCUGCUUUUGAUACUAGCUCCAGGAUUUCAGGUGCCUAUUUUUGGACAUUAAGGGGCCAUUUUCUCUCGAACAUCAAAUGGAGCCCAGUUUGUGAUAUUUCACUGCUUGAAACAUCAACCCCUUUAAAGAGACUUUUUGUACACUCUCAGAGGAAUGGAUUGACUGGUUGCAUUGUAAGACUUUCUUGGUGAACAUGGCUUUUGUUAAUUCUUUGCUGCCAAAAUAGGCCCAAUUUUGAAUGAAGGACUUGUCAGCCUUUUUGAGAUACGGCGGACACAAUUUGAGGGCGCUAUUAGGAGCCUGUGAGUUUGGGUAAAGGUUAAUGAGUUUACUUCCUCAGAAUGGCGCCCUCAUAAUCUCAAGAAGGCUUACUGUAGUCAAUAAUAUUGUACAAAAGACUCCGAUGAAAAAAAAAUACAUAUUUCUCCAAGAUACCUUCACUAAAUCAAAGCCAGAAUUUAAGUUUAAACAUCCCCCUCUUUGUUUCCAGGAGCACAAUAAUUCACUCCUUUGUGACAUUUUUAUCAGAAAAUUGAUCUAUAACAGUUUUAUGCAAAAGAAAAUAUGCAAGUUGAUUCCAAAGUCAUCUAAUGCCGUCAGUGCUCCAUUAUGUUUGAAUUACACUAACAUUGUAGAUAAAUUAUGAAAAGAAUAAAUGUCUGAUAAAAAUGCAUUGUAAUGGAA